AACACAACAUUCACACAACCGAGACAACGCUUGUCUUUGCUUGUGAUUGUUGAGUGAUUACCUUUGCUGGAAAACCUCACCUCUCUGUCAAGUACAUGCAAUUUGACUGCAAAGACUGCCACAACGGGUCCAUUGAUUACCUUAUUGAACAUUAUAAAUAAGAAUGCAGCAAGAGUAUCCACACGCUGCACCUCCUCCCCUGCUUGAGCUCCAGCUCGUGGACCAGCGCCAUCAGCGGCAUCCCCUGCCGAUGGAUGUCAACAUUCCCAUUCACAAUAUCAACCCGUAUCACAGAGUUCAGGAAAUUCUUCAAGCCAUUUCUCGCACGGUUCCUCAGGCAGAACGACACCAAGUAUUGGAGAGUUCCUUGCAGUUUCUGUCGCACGAAGAUACUGCCCUCCAUGACUAUGAGGUCGACAUGGGGGCCGACCGAGCGCUCUGCUUGCAGCUGGGGUAUCUGGAUAUGCUUCAGACAUCAUCCCCCACAAACAACAACAACAACAACAACAACCACACACAGCAAUCACGGAUGAACAACUACAACAAUGAUACUGUUACGGAUGUCAGCGAACAGAUCCUCAUUUGCUGGUGCCUCACUCGGAUCUAUCAAUGUUCCAGGGAACAACGGCUUCGAUCCUUCCAGGAAAUCGGACUCUCCGACCUGGUCCCCAUCCUUACAAAGAUACUGAAGCGAUGCAUCAGUACCAACAGUGCUGCGGACAAUAGCAACAACAAUAGCUGGAAAAAUCAUGGUAGAGCUCUGUCGCAACACAUGGAUAUGAUGGUCCCAGUUCUGCGCAUUCUUAGGAUCUUUGCCAAGCUCGACGGCCCAGUCAAAUCAGACCUGUUGAGAUGGAAAAAUGGAAGGCUAGUGACAGUCCUGGUGGACAUUUUGGCAACUCAUUCCAACAAUAACGACAGUGAGAACAGUUUUGAUAAUGACAACAACAACAACCAUCCAGCAGCAUUGCUCGUUGACAACAACAGCAACCAAGUUAGAGGAGGGGUUGAAGACGAAAACCAUUUCAUUCGACAAUCUGUUGUAGCCAUGGAGAGCUUUGGAGUACUCAAAGAUCUUUCCUUUCGACUGGACAACAAUGACAAGGAAUACAUGUACAGGUUCCUUCGAAAUACUCUCAUUCAAUACUCUCUCAGUGCCAGCUGCGGUAGCAACAAUGGCGACGAUGGAACACGGCCAAGAGUUGUGCAUGCCUCGUUGCAUGGAAAGCUAUUGGAAUCGGUAGCUGCCAUGCUUUGGAAUUUUGCCACAGCACCCAAGCUCAGUUUUGAAAUGGCUCAGCAAUCCAUUCUGUUGAAGAGCCUAGGUCUACUGUUGCAGUAUACCGGUAGCUCCUCGCUCGCAGCAGAGGAAGUCGUCAAGAUUAAACGGAAUGCAUUGAGCGCGUUUGGUAACCUAGUAGCUGCUCUUACAAGAGAGUACAGAGGAAUGGUCCUGUUGACUUCGCCCACCCGAGCGGCAGAUGAAGAACGUAGCAAUGCAGCAGCGUUUCGCAGUCAAGAUUGGAUCCUUCCUACAUUUUCACGGCUGCUCCGCUACGAAUCCGACAAAGACAUUCAACGACGGGCCAUGAGAACGAUUCGUUGUUUAGCUGCCCGUGCAUGGGGAAGGGAGUUUCUUUGGGAAGGGUCGGACGUGAAAGGUUGCCUAACACUGGUGCUGAAUGACAGCAAUGCUGUGUUUGACGUUUCGACACGUAUACAGGCCUGCGAGACAAUGCUAAACUUGACAGAGGAUCCCCACAUUAUGGAACAAAGCAGCGUGAUAUUUGAAAUCUCCCUGUCUCAAGCCAUUGCAAAACUCAAAGAUCAGCCACAACUGAAGGAACAGGACAAGCUCAUUGUCGCGUCGACUCGUGCAUUGUAUUUCUGUUUGGAACGCAGACCUCGGGGGCAGGAGAGCUUCUUUCCUCGACCUGACGCCUUCUUCGCGAGCUUGCUGGCAUGCACCAAAGUUGAAAUGGAGGCCACGCACCCACCCAUCGCUCAGCUUUUGCUCAAAUUGGCAACCACAGAUAAGGUUGUAGCGACCCAAGAAUUCGAACACAACAGAUCUCCAAAUGGAGGGAUGAAAACCAAAUGCCCUGUUUGGCAAGAAGCAGUGAUCUCUCCACCAGUGUUGGACACGCUAACAGCUCUCUUGAUUGCCAAGGGCCCCCUGUUCUAUCAAUCACACAGCCUUGCAUUGGAUGUUAUUCAUCACUUCUUGCAGAACCCCUCGAACAAAAAGGUCCUAGCAAAGAAUGCGGAGCUUUUGUCGGCAAUGGUCGGAGUUCUUCUCGUGCGCUGAGUACCCCCGGACGACAAGAAAAAGAAGGCUAGUCGAUGGUUUUGGAUAUUGUGCCGGCGAUAUGACUUCCCCGACGAGGUACUAGUACAUACAGUGACGAGCA